AAAACUGCUCACUACGCUGAAACGGCUAGAGAUUCCCUCCGGCGUUGAGAUCCAAGUCGAUCUUAAGUAAAAGUUUAAACAAGUUCGCUUUCAAGGCGGACCGAUGGGAGAAACAUGAAAGGUAUAUUAGGCAGAAAAGUUGGGAUGAGCCAAGUUUUCAGUCAACACGGACAAGCGAUUCCAGUUAGCGUCAUCGAAGUCAGACCUAACGUGGUUAGCGCCGUUUUAGAGACCGAAAAACACGGCUACCAAGCUCUCCAGCUUGGCGCUUUUGACCGCAAAAAAUCGACCCACAAAAAGCCAUUGGUUGGACACUUUGCUAAGGCUAGCACGGUGCCCAAGAAAUUUGUCCGGGAAAUUCGCGGCAUGCAAGGUUACCAGUUAGGCGAGCAAGUUGACAGCAGCAUUUUUGAGCCGGGUCAGCUGGUGGAUGUGACUGGCGUUAGCAAGGGAAAAGGUUUUGCCGGCGCGAUUAAAAGACACAACCAAAAGAUCGGUCCAAAAUCCCACGGCGGCGGCGGCGGUUCAAAACCACUCCGCCAAACCGGUUCGCUCGGUGACAUUAGCGGCAACAAAGUCAUCAAAGGCAUGAACAUGCCUGGUCACAUGGGUCACGCCCAAGUUACGGUCCAAAACUUAGAGGUAAUUAGUAGCGACGCUGAAAAUGAUCUUCUCCUAGUCAAAGGUUCGAUUCCUGGACCGGCCAAAGGAUACGUGAUCGUUCGCCAAGCGGUCAAAGGACUGAAAAACCGUCCGGGCGUGGAACUUGUCAACGUCCAAGAGACAAUUUUGAAAAACAAAUUGCUUGAGGAAGCCAAAAAAGUUGGUGCUGAAAUUAACACCGACAUGAGCGUUAAACAGAUGCGAGAAGCGAUUGCUACGGCCGAAAAAGUGCGUGAGCAAGAGGAAGCCCUCGCUCACGUUAGUCCUGAAGAGAAAAAAGUCCGCGACGAAAUUAAGAACUUAACCAGCGAAAUUGAGCAAAUCAAAGAACUAAGCGCUAAGCAACAAAGCGAAAAAGAUCACGAAGGAGUUAAGAGCAGUCAGACCAAGUUGGUCGCGCUAGAAAAACUGCUCCAAGACGCUCAGACCAAGUUGGCUCAGUUUGUUCAGUCUCAGCCAGCUGAGGCAGUUGCACCCGAAAAAAACCGCUCUGACCAAGGUCAAAAACCGCUCGAUGAAAAGAGCGAUGACGAAAGCCAGCCCGACCAGAAGACGCCCGUUAGACGCGAUGCGCAAGCUGAGAGUGACAAAAGCGAGGCACCUGAACUAGCAAGCAAACCCGAAACCCCAGCGCCAUCGGCCGACGCUAGUCCAACCGAAAGCAGUUCGGAAAACGAGCCCACUAGUUCUGAGGCUGGACCGUCUGAUUCGGAGACUAAGGACGAGCCUGAAGCAAAAGAUGAUCGCCAAGACGAGCCUAAGAAGCCAGAAGGUGGUGAGUAA